CUGCUUUCUCCUGACUCGCAACCUCUCUAUUGUUCCAGAUUGUCACCGCCCAGCCCUUGAUUUCCAACCCACUUCCCAAAGACCACCAUCGUGACAAACCGUGAACUUCUAUCCCGACCGUCCGUGCUUCCAUAGAGUCUGUUCCCAUUGUUUGGUUAUCGUUAUCAUUCCAUCCCUCUUCAAAAGAUCAAUACCCACCCCGGCCUUCACCACCGACCGUCUAACAAUCUUCCCCAAACACCCGCCCGCCUCUUGCCAACAUCCCCUCAAACUACAAAUACCACCAUUUUCCUCUCGAGGCCCCCGAUCUUGCGCACGAGAGGGAUCUUCGUCAGCACUUUACGUGUCGAUCCCUUGACGAGCCACCACAACAUAUCUACUUCACCACCACCGCCACCACCAACGAAGUAAAGUGGGCUUUUCCAGCGGCAGCCCAUUCUUUCUUUUGUCAACCUCCGCCACCGGCACCUCGCCUUCACUUCCGUAACCACAUUUUGCCAUGUCGUACAGGACAACAGCGUCGGGCGCUACAACGCGCCUGAUGAGUGAGAUGAAGGCGCUACGAAAGGAGAAGUGGAUUCACUUUGAAGAUGACGAUUCUGCGACCCUCAACAUCCUCAAGUGGCGCUUCGGCCUCAUGGUCAUCAACCCCGACAGCGCCUUUAACGGGGGGUACUUCAGGGCCGAGAUGGUAUUUUCGGACGAAUACCCCUACCAGCCGCCCAAGUUCCGCUUCCUGAUCCCCAUCACCCACCCCAAUGUGUAUCCGGACGGCCAGCUCUGCAUCUCGAUCCUGCACACACCCGGCGAGGACCUCAUGUCUGGCGAGCAGGCUAGCGAGCGUUGGUCGCCGCUCCAGGGCGCCGAGAGUGUGCUGAGGUCGGUUCUGUUGCUGCUGGACGACCCUGAAAUCAAUAGCCCCGCCAACGUGGACGCGGGCGUCAUGUACCGCGACCGCCGAGAGGAUUACAACAAGAAGGCCCGGGAAACGGUGGAGAGAUCAAAGAAGGAUAUCCCGCCAGGAUUCGAGAUGCCGGUCAGCUUUGAGGAAAAGCCGCCUCCGAAGGCCGAGAACGACGACGAUUUUUGGGCCGAGUCGGAUGAGGAGUUUGACUUUGGUGGUAGUGACACCGGGGAUGACGACGAGAUGGAGGACUUUGAGGACGGGGAGGAAGGGAGCGAGGAUGACGACGACGAUUCCAACUCCAAGCAAUAGAAGGACUUGCUUGCUUACUUGCUUGUUGUUCCUUCAACAGCAGCAGCAACCGUUUUUAUCGCCGUUGUCAAGCUGGGCUGGGUCUGGUUCGGGUCAGGAUGGUGAUGAUAUACCUUUCUCUUUCUUAUUCUUGUUCUGCUUCAACCCGUCAUAUUUGCAUAGCGUCGGGGACACUCGCGGUGUGUUUGGGCGUUUUCGUGGUCUCCCAAGCAGGCAUAUCUGGUGGGAAUUUCAUUGGUCGCUUUUUUUUUUUCUUUUUUUUUUUUACAUACAGAGACACACCGUCACCCAAGUACUUGCCUAUCCUCAGCCACAAUGUUCUUGCACAGCGGAAGACAUUGGCAAAGACGGGAAGCGGUCUGGCUUCAUAGUAACAUAGAAUACAUUUAGCGGAAACGUCUAGACUAGAGCUAUAGACUCAACUUUCGUUUUCAUGGAGCGAUGAGCGGAUGUAGCCCCGCGAUGGCAUCGCUGAGUUCAGAGAGCCGAAUAGCCCGUCUGGAGCCCGUGCACGAUGUCAGAGCCCAAGACCUCCGUCCCUUGACACAUAACAGUGAAGAGGGGCCCGGGCCUUGGGGAUGUCCCCUCAGCGACCGAGCAGUUGACC